GAAUUUAUUCCUUGAAAUGCGUGUGCACUGUAUGUUGAUCAAAAAUAUAACUCGAUAGCUAGCUGAAGAGACAGAACUGGGACUUUGCAUACAUGUACAUUGAUUUGUGGUUCAAAGUUUGUGAUUUAACCUGAAGAAAAUUCACUAGAUUGACUGCAAGCUACAGCUGGGUUAAUAAUAUCCAAGUCCUUUGGAAGCGCAUAGAGACAUUAUUCAUAAUGUGAUAUGCGCUAUACAACAACUGUAUAUUAUUAUUAUUAUUAUUACAAGAUGCUCAAAGGAGAAGAAGGCAAAAUCCAUGAAUUUUCAAUUUGAGUUUAAUCCUCAUUUUAAUCUUUUUUAUCGUUGCUCCAGGAUGAUGGAUUCCUACCAGCCAAUGGCUACCUCCCCCUUACCGGUGGAGAACAAGACUUCUACAUGGACACGAUGCCCUCUAGUGGUGACGCAGAGGCCAAGUCGGCAACGGGGGCGCCACCACCACCAAAUUCAAACCAAGCAGACCAACCAAGUAGCAGCGGCGGGGGAAACCCACCCGAAACGUUGAACGACGGUCCCGGUGGCAUCACGUCGGCCAAUCCCAACUCCAUCACGUCGCCGCGGCUGGUGUUCACGCAGGUGACACCGACGGACGAUGAGGAUCUUGUGGAGGGGUCCGGGAGUGGGCUACCACCCGUUUCUGUCAUUUACUAUAGAUCAGGAUUCACCCUCACAAAUGUGCAGUUUGUUCCAGAGCUGCAGCAAAGGAAUUCAACCAAAUUUCAGGAUGUUUCAGAAAGCGUUAGGUUAGCGGUCGAGGCCUUAUAUGCAGAUCUUCCCGGUGAUCAAUUUGUAACAGUCUUGCAAUUUUUAAACCGGACUGGUGAUACGGUAAUACAGUUUGAUUUAGGCAGUGCCGGGUUCUACAGUGAGAUCGCCCUCUAUAGGGUAUUAGAUACAGCCGUCAACAGCGCUCAAGUUGGAUCGUUCACCGUUAAUCCCGAUGAACUGGAUUUCGCACCCCUUCCAGGUAAGUAUCAAUUCAAAAAAUGAAACAAAAAGUACUUAAAUUCUACUUUGCUCAUACCCCAUGGAAUACUGAAUUUGUAAUUACCAUAGGCAUUACACAUAGAUCAUCUUUUUCCAGCAAGCACGCAAUUGGUUGAUAAUGCCUUCUAUUCAAUACAUUCAUUUUCCAUUAAAAAAGUAAAGUAAAACAAAUAAUUACAAAAUUUACAAAUAGAUAUCGGAAGGACCCCAAGAGAAGCAUAACUUGCAAGGAGGAUGGGGUACAUUACAAAUGGGAACAAAAUACUUUCAAGAGAUAAAACUUGUUCCAUUUCAGUAAUUGCAACAGAUUUCAGGAUUAUGUUUAUUUCAAAAUAUUCAGAAUUAUUAAAAGAAACUGACUGAAAAAUUGAUGUUUAUCUUAGAAUGGGCAGCUCUUGGGUAGUUGGUAGGGGGGGGUAGAAGAUGGGGAGUGUUUUCAUAGACCUAUCUUCAUGAUCCUCGCUUUAUGUUUUCCUCCAUCUUCUCCUUUUCCACUUCAAUUCUUCUCCUUCCUCUUUUACUUAUACUGCUUUGAAAAGCACCCAUGUUACAAUACACAGAGGACCUGUUAUGCAAAGUUUGCAGUAAACUGGCCAAUCUUGAUCGCUGUACCAGGUGCAUGUUAAGAACAUGAUCAUUAUCAACCAAUCAGAAUCAUUGUUUGAAAGUGGCAAUUUAUUGUUAAUCUAUGUGGUAUGAAGCCAAGGUUAUAUAUUGAAAUAUUACAAGGCUCGUAUUUGCCAAUCAAUUUCUGGGAAGCAUGGGAAUUUGAAAAUUCAUCUUUCAGAUGCAAAGUCCUGGAAUUUUUUUUUGAAAUUUAGAAAUAUUUGAAUUGAAAGUUAUUGGAAAUCAUUGAUUUAAGAUAUCUUUAAAUGAAUUUAAUCAAUUUAUGGAAUCAACAUCCUUCAGCAGACAAUUUGUACUUUGUUCGACCCUGUACCUGUGAUGAGUUAUGGAGACCUGCAUUCUUCUGCUCUGCAAAGUCAUUUGGAUUUUGAAGAACUGUAAUUGCCGAAGCCCUGGCAGUACAAUUUGUUCGCAGGUGCAACAUGUCAUAACUUUAUUUUGACAUCCUUGUCUUGUUUAUCAAGAAAGUAACACCUCUAAAUAGGAUAUUGUUUAUUCCUCUAUUGACCCCAAGAGUUCAUAACAGUCAAACACAGUAGAUUUGUCAUGCCGACAGUAAUUGUGCUGUGGUGCAGUGAAUCCUGUCUUGUUGUCUUUAUGUCCUGACCAAGUCAACUCGAUGAGACUUUGUGUCUUGUCUUCUAGUCGUGACACAUUUUCUUAUCUCCUGAGUAUUCCCAUCUCAUGGUCGUUUUUGGUCGUCUGAUUUAGAUUUGACAAACUUGACAAUACUUGGUAUCUUGUCUUGUCUUCUUGUCUACUUGACUCCCCGGGGGGCCAGUCAAAUCUUUUGCUGUACACAUCAAUAAUGACCAAAUGAUUUCCAAACACUCCCUAAACAAGUUUUUCUCUGUGUGCAAAAUACCCCCCUAAACAAGUUUUUCAUGGACUUUAUUUACACAUUUUGGCCCCUAAACAAGUUGUCGCCAGAAUAAUAGCCCGAGGGAAAAACAUACCCUAAACACAUUUGGCUAGUCUUAAAAAAAAGCUUUGGAAAAAAAACAUACCCUAAAUAUGUUUGACCCCGCGAAUGACCAUUGACCAGUGUUUCAAAACUACCCCUUUUUUUAAAAAUCAGUGUUUUUGAUACCUUUAAAGAGUGCACGCGCGGCCCGCGUCCAAAACUGAAAAAACACUCUUUAAACACGUUUUUUUGGUCACGCAUGUGUACAG